CUCACUUUUCACGAAAUGGACAUUUUAAGUAUCGCAGUAACUUUGUCGGUAGUUUGUCUAGCUAAUAAGGUAGAUUAUAAACGAAAAUAUAAAUCGUACGACUAAUAGUAUGAGUGCGUACGAGUUUUAUAACUACAGAUAUACACAUUUUUUUUUUAACAAGGCUACAGCCGUCGACUUGGAUGAGUUAUCACCGAAGCUGCCUAUCCGAUUUCCGGAUCCAUUCAACGACUAUGAACCAAGUAAAUUUCCGUUUUCUUUAGCGACCGACCGACCGUUCAAAACGAUUCCGAAGUUUUCAUUGCCUAUUCCAUUGAAAUUUUCAUCGCCGUUUUCACCUCCUUUCAGUCCUCGUCCGUGCUUUUCUCAUAGCACGAAAUUUACCACUUUCCUUAGAUCACUUCCUGCAAAACUACCUGUACUGACCGACGAAGAUCAGUUUACCUACCUCCUCAAACGUGAAGAUCAUUAAUCUCAGGGUUGACAAAUACAAUUACUAUUUAUAUUACUUAUAGCAUU